AUGGACACGCUCCCGCUCUCACGGGCCGACUCGCUUCCACUCGCGGCGCGGGCUGACUCGCUCCCGCUCGCGGCGUUGCUCGGCGCCGUGGAUGUGGUGAGCCCGCGGCGCGCCGCCCAGGCCGCCGCCCUCGCCGCGGCCUCGCCGCCAAGCCCGUCGGCCGCCCACGCCGCCGCCGGCAUCGCGCCGCCGAGCCCGUCAGAGCACUACCGCCUGGUCGCCGCGCAGCGGGCGAGCGACGCGAGGUCUUUCAUCGCGCUCGUGGCCGGCCGCUUCCCCCGCGGGACGCGCGUCUACGACAACUUCACGCGGGCGCUCGCCGUCUACGCCAAGUUGUCGUGCGGCGUCGAACUGUCCGCCUUCGUCUCGCGUCGACGGCGUGACGCGCAGGUCGGCCAAGGACCCCGCGGCCAAGGACGAGCUCGCGAAGGAGGUCGACGUGCUCUUCGCGGGCAAGGCCAGCGACCUCUGCGUCAAGUUCCGCCGCGAGUUCUACGAGCCGUCCGUCGCGCGCGUCUCGCCGCCGCGCGCGGCGCCGCUCGAGCCCGCCGUCGACUUUCGCGGCUCGGACCCGCCCAAGCGCAAGGCGCCGGCGCCGGCCAAGGAGAAGUUGAUGAUCCCGACGUUCGCCCCACCGGACGAGCCCGCCGCCGGGCGGCGCGUCUCUGCUGCCUCCUCUGUCCUCCACGAGCUCGGCGGCGGCGAAGACCCCGACGACGAGACGCUGGACGACAUGCGCGCCAAGGCCAAGAAGGCCCGCGUCGCGUGA